CCAGCUCUUGGGCCCCAGGUGUCCGGGGCCACCCCCGCCCCCAUGGCCCCAGCGCGGAUGGGAGUGGGGACUAGCCCUUCAACGACCCCUCCAUCCUGCCCCUUAGACACCAACCCCCACACACGCCAACCCGAGGAGGAGUGUUCACUGCUGUGAGGACCCCCCCACACCCCAAACAACGACAGAAAAAUUGAAUAACACCCAGAGAGAGAAGAGAGGGAGAGGGAGGAGGGAGGAAGGGAGGAGAGAGAAGAGAGACACAGAGAAACAGAGAGAAGAGGCUGGAGAGGAGGAGGUGGGGAGACAGAGGAGCUGGAGACCGAGAGGGAGAGAGUGGGGAGGACAAGGGGGAGAGAAGGGAGAAAGAAGAGGCAGGAGCAGAGAAGAGGGAGAGGGAGGAGGAGGAGCAGGUGAGAGCAGCAGGGUGGGGUACGGAGUUAGAGGGCUGGGGGAGCUUGAGGAAAAGAGAGCCAAGAAGAGGGUGUGGAUUAGAAACCAAGAGGUAGCUGGAGGGAGAAGCAGAAGGCAGAGAGAGGAGAAGGAAGGUCGGGAGGGAGAGGGAGGCCGGAGGGUUCGGGAAAGAGGCAGGAGAGGCUCAGAGAGGAGGAAAAGGGGCGGGGGUGCAGGUGGGGUGGGGGUUUCUCCAUCCCGGCUGCUUUAGUAGCUGGGGAACUGGGACUCCCUGUGGGGAGGAGAGGAAGGCUGGGGGUCCUAGAAGGACAGGGUUCCAGAAAGAGGGGACAGAGCUGAGAGAGGGGGUCCAGAGCAUUGGGAAGGGGUCGCCCAGAGGUCUCCUGGGGAUGGGGAGUGCAGCUCGCCUGAGCGCCCCUGGAGCGCUGGUUCUCUGGGCCGCACUGGGGGCUGCAGCUCACAUCGGACCCGCACCUGACCCCGAGGACUGGUGGAGCUACAAGGAUAAUCUCCAGGGAAACUUCGUGCCAGGGCCUCCCUUCUGGGGCCUGGUGAAUGCAGCCUGGAGUUUGUGUGCCGUGGGAAAGCGGCAGAGCCCCGUGGAUGUGGAGCUGAAGAGGGUCCUUUAUGACCCCUUUCUGCCCCCGCUGAGACUCAGCACUGGAGGAGAGAAGCUCCGGGGAACCCUGUACAACACUGGUCGCCAUGUCUCCUUCCUGCCUGCACCCCGGCCCGUGGUCAACGUGUCUGGGGGGCCCCUCCUUUAUAGCCACCGACUCAGUGAACUGCGGCUGCUGUUUGGAGCACGGGAUGGAGCUGGCUCUGAACACCAGAUCAACCAUCAGGGUUUCUCUGCUGAGGUGCAGCUCAUCCACUUCAACCAAGAACUCUAUGGGAACCUCAGCGCCGCCUCCCGGGGCCCCAAUGGCUUGGCCAUUCUCAGCCUCUUUGUCAAUGUGGCUGGUAGCUCAAACCCAUUCCUCAGCCGCCUCCUUAACCGUGACACCAUCACCCGCAUCUCCUACAAGAAUGAUGCCUACUUUCUUCAAGACCUCAGCCUGGAGCUGCUAUUCCCCGAAUCCUUUGGCUUCAUCACCUAUCAGGGCUCUCUCAGCACCCCACCCUGCUCGGAGACUGUUACCUGGAUCCUCAUUGACAGGGCCCUGAAUAUCACCUCCCUCCAGAUGCACUCCCUGAGACUCCUGAGCCAGAAUCCUCCGUCCCAGAUCUUCCAGAGCCUCAGCGGUAACGGCCGGCCCUUGCAGCCCUUGGCCCACAGGGCCUUGAGGGGCAACAGGGACCCCCGGCACCCCGAGAGGCGUUGCCGAGGCCCCAACUACCGCUUGCAUGUGGAUGGUGCCCCCCACGGUCGCUGAGACUCGUCAUCGAGGAUUGCGCCUGCCUUUCCCAAGCCUCCUCACAAGGGGAGGGGAGUCACCCCCAAAACAAAGCUAUUAAAGGGACAGAAUACUUCCUGUA